AUGGAAACUAUUUUAGUUAAUACUUAAAGAUAGGCAUAUAAUCAAAUGAUCCUAAAACAGACUAUUAUGGAAUAUCUGACCUAAAAUAGCAGUAGCUUAUUUUAGAGUGCGCUCAGAAUGUCAUUGAAACGUGCUUUCUUGAAUCCUAUUUUACCCAUUUAUUAUAGUUAUUACUAUUCUGGAUUAUACAAUGAAGUUCAUUAAUGUAAUUUUCUAUGAUUAUUUAUAAAGCAAUUUUAUAUAUAUUUAUAGAUAAAAAUACUUGCUAACCUGCCCACAUUUUUAAGGUAUAGAGUCUAAAGAUAAGAAUUAGAAUUGGAAUUCAUAUUUGA